AAUUAAAUUAUUUAAAUAGGUUGUUUCAUUUUUGGUUUGGCAACAUAAAUCUGCUACGAAACUUGGCAGUGGCAUUGACUGAUUGAAGUUCACCACCACAGAGAAAAAAAGAAGUGCGGUGUUUAUUUUGCUUUAUUUAUAAAAAGCACAAAAUUGUUAUUAUAAAAUUAAAAUUUCUGUGAAUGUUUAUGGUUCCAACAAAUGUUAGAAUUACUGCUGCAGACGCCCUGAAAUAUCAUAAUAAUAGAAAACAACCCUCAUAAUGUGGAUAACCAUACAUUAGCUGCUGACUGAAAGAUGUUUAAAAUUGAAUCAUAUGUUACACCUAUUCUUCUGAGCUAUGUGGACAAAUAUGUGCGGGACUUCAAACCUGCAGAUGCACAGGUGUCGCUAUGGGGCGGCGGCGUGGCGCUCCACAACCUGGUGCUCAAGGCGGACGUGCUUCAGCAGGAGGUGGCGUUGCCCUUCACGCUGGUCUCCGGCCGAAUCCACGAGCUGCUCAUACAAGUACCCUGGACCAAGAUCAUGUCUGAACCCAUCAUAGUAACAAUCGACACUAUAGAAUGUGUCCUAAGUCUGAAUCCACCAGUAAGCCCCGAUGAAACUCCGCCACCUGAGUCACCGAGUCGCAAAACCCAAGUGGUGGAAGCUCCUCCGGGCUACAUGCAGGCGCUGGUCCGCCGCAUAGUGAGCAACAUCGCGCUGCGAGUGCACCACCUCAUCGUCAAGUACGUGCAGGAUGAUAUCGUGAUGUCGCUCAAUGUCAAACAUCUGGCCGUGGACAGCGCGGGACCCAACUGGGAACCGGCUUUUGCAGACAUAGACCAAAGUCAGCCAGUGAUCAGGCGACUGGUGAGGCUGGACGACCUCACGUUAUGCCUCGACAAGUCGGACGCAGACGGCAAGAUACGAUACUAUCAGGAACCACUACUAUACAGAUGCCAAUUGGAUCUCAGAGUGCUCACACGACUUGUAUCGGCGAACACUCGUCGUGCUACCAAUUGUAGUAUACAACUGCGGUCUAGUAAACUAGCGUGGAGUGCUUCUGACGAUCAGCUGGCCUUGUUGUUAAGACUGAUUAGAGAGAGACCGACGAUAAACAAACCGCAGCAGCCCACACAGAGCGCUACGCAGGUGCCUUUGAACACAUCAUCAGCGAACUCAGCGGAGCCGGCUCGUUCGGAGAGCUGGUCGGAGUGGGCGUGGUCGUGGCUCCCGACGUGGAUGGACCGCGAGGGCGGCGUCGAGGAGGCGCCCGUGCCCGCCACGCCGCUGCCCAUCAACUUCACAGCCUAUCUAGACGAUGUGUCGCUCGUCUUCAAGAUAAUGGAGACCGAGAGUAACCAUCGUAGACGAGCGCGCGGUGUGCUAGAGUUGUGCGCGUCCUACGCCGCCAUCAAGAGCUGGAUAUGUUCCCCCACCACGUUGCGCGUGCGAUUCGGUGCGCGACAGUUGGAACUGCACUCCUACGGCAAAUGCGUCUGUAAUCAUAUCAAUUUUAAUGCAACCAUCGACGAACCCACUAUUUAUUUGAAGAGGAUAUUUGAAGGGGAGCCCUCAAGUGAGCCGUGGAAUUGGCCCGUCGAAGACUUGAGCGAAAAGGUUGACAGUGCUGAAGUUGUGGACGAAACGUUUAUUGUCUCGGGGCAGUCUGGAGUGGCCGAAGGUGAUCCAAGUCAAGGAGUAGUUGAAACCAAGUCUGAUGAGGGCCAGCAUGAGAAGUCGGAGCGCGACUCUCAGGACGAGAGCGAUGAACUGUGGGGCAAGCUGGCGCCGGUGUUGUACAUAGAGUACGUCCACGACCGCUCGCCGCCGCACCCCUUGAUCAACCCUUACGAGAACCCGCCUAAGGACUUUCAGUAUAGCGACUGGGUGGAAGAGUGCAACAUGAUUAUCAAAUUAGAGCCUGUAGAACUGAGAGUCUGUAUGGGUCUGAUUCAUCGGCUGAAAGCUCUCUGGCGAAUAUUCAAAGAAAAACCCCUCCCGGAGUCUUCUGAAAUCAAAUCACCGAUGCGCGUUCUAACUGUGGAAGAAUGCGAGGCUCUCAAUGAGAACUUGCCGCAGAAGCGUGUCCGCGUGGACGCGCGUGGCUUCCUACUUCGCUUCAUACCGUGGAACCACGUCAUAACAGAGCGACCGAAGCCGGCUAUCGUGACGCUUGAUAUCGAAGCACCGAGGUGCACUAUAGCCAUGAAUGGUCCACUCUAUCCGCAAAGGGUUUGUGCAGCCGCCUCUCAGAUUCCUGAUGACGGCAGUGUUAUAGCGCAGGGCGCUCGCCUGCAGGUCAUGACCACACUCCAAGGGCUCAAGGCCUUCAUAUCGUCCUCUGACAGGGAGUUACAGAGACCGUGUGCACGCGCCGACGUCCGCAUCCUCACUAGGAUGCUACUCAACAAGUCCUAUUUCGACAAAACUGAAGUCACACAGUUUAGUUAUCAUUUAAAAAUUAGAGAGCUGAGCAUUUCCGGUUCGGCAGCGCGCCUCCAGACUGCGUACAAAGUGCCGUUGUCGCUCUACCAACAGACUUCGUGUCCGGCGUUCAAACACACCACUCUAGUCAAGGAUGCACUCCACGAUGAAGAGUCGGUCGCGAUAGACUUUGUAAUAGAAGACUUCGGGAUCCGCGGCUACCUGACGAAGAGCGUCAACAUGCAUGUAGUCACGGUGCAGUCGGCAAAAGUCACCGCCUUCCAUGAACCGAAAGGCGCUGAAUUGAAGCAAGCUUGGCUUUUUUCCGCACCAGAUGUUCCGACAACCACUCCAUAUCUCCGCAUGGCGAUACAAUGGUGCAACAAGGUGAUCCCCGAUUCGUUCGACUAUGUGGGUGCUUGGGCGGAACCUACGGCGUUUUCCAUCGACCCGCUGCUGAUCGCUUGGCUCGCUUACAAACCCACUCAUAAGCCCUGCGAAUCGAAUAUAAGUGCGGGCAAGUCAACAUCGUCACAGUACUAUAUGCGACGCCGCACUACUCCACCGUCGUCAAGCGGUCGCGGAGGAAGUCGUACAAAUAAUUCUGGCGCUGAGCUGGUGCACGUCCGCUCCCGCAGUCACGGUUCGAGCAGCGAGCCCAGCGAGAAGAAGGAGUUCAAGGUUCCAUUACCUCAGCAUAAACCGCCAGAAACUUGGUGGACUGACGAGCGUCUGGUAGCUCUCCACAAGCGGCUGCGUUACUUGCUGCUCAACGUGGAGCUCGGCUUGGUGCUGGUGUACGUGACCAUGAGCACGGCCUCGGCACUCGACUGCAUGACCCUGAGAGACGCUAUGGAACGACACGCGAAUGCUUCGCAUCGAGUACUAGGGCUCAGUCUGGGGCGCCUGUCGUUGCAUUCCAGUACGAAUACUAGGACUCUAUGGCAAGAAAUUAAACACGACGGACCUACGUUUAUAAAGACAAAACCUGAGAGCGAAUCGUUUCCUUGGAAGGUUCGGCUAGCCGACGUUUCGUGCUACACAUUGGAAGCCAUCAAGGCUCCCACUAGCGACGCAGAGAGGACGAGCUCAAACAGCGGGCUCCGGUCCCGGCUCAAGAUCCCGCACUUGGCCACACCGCGGACCAUUCUAGAACUGGUUACUACGACCGUUACCAUAUCAGUGGCCACUAAGUCGCUGCAAUACAUGUCAGUGGGCAGAAAAGGAGUCAGGAAAACACCGACGGCGCCGGCGGCUGCCACGGAAGGAACGAAAGCAAAGUAUUUCACAUCAGGGAUGGAGUUUAAACCGACAUCAUUGAAAGAAUUCGUCCGCGGACCUGCUGCAAGGCGAAGUAAAACAUCCAACCUAGAGCCGUCGAGUACAACUGAGAAUCAGUCGCACCCAACCAUAAGGGACAGGCUUCCGUCCGAGGUGGUGACCGUCACGGACGGGCCGGUCGUGUCGCUCGGAGUACACCUGCACGCCGACACGCCCCCCAUUAUAACGAGACUCGAAAGAGAUCAGCUCCACACUGUGAUGGCUGCAGUGCACUGCUUCAGUCACAUACUCACUCUCCUAAAAGACUCUUCCACCCCCAUGCCGAAACAAACGGUCCCCGCCUCGACAGGCUCGUCAAUUCGGUCACUUGUAAGAUCAGUGGAUGAAGUAGAUGAAGAUGCAACACCUUCGGACAACAGCGAUCACUCCGAAUUGAUAUCGAUCUUUGAUCGGUCGAUCACAGGACGUGAGAAAACUCUGAAGACAUCGGUAUGGUUCCAAUGGGUGGUGAGCCACGCGACGCUGGUGAUAGCCUCGAAGGUUGUCAAGCUCGCCUUCGACAUCGACGACAUUAUAGUGACCGUUGACAUUCAGACGCAGUACAACCAGCUCAAAAUCAAAGUAGCUUCAGCCACUGUCAAACAUUAUGAACGAAGCGGCGUUGAUGAUUGGUCUGCUGGCGUUAUGAGCGGCCGAGUACUGGAGGCCAGGGAGCCGGACGACGCUAAAGAAGAUAAUCAUUUCUUAUUAAUCACCGUCACGCAAGCGCAAAUAUCUAAUUUGCCUGAAAGCUGGAAAGAGGAACUACAUCCGAAGUUGCUGGAACAGAAUUCAAGCUCGGACGACAGCAUGUGGGAGGUGUACGCGACGCUGGCGCCGUUAGAAGUUGUCGUGCAACCAGUCAUCCUGGAAAACGUAGUCUCGCUCAUCAAUGAGAUGGUGCCUCGGGCGUUUUGUCCGUUGAAAAACAAAAUAGAACAUAGACCAUCAUCGUCAUGGCAAUGGCCAUUUUGUUACGUGAACGCCGGCGGUAUUCGUAUGCUCUUGACCGGCGAAGUACAAGGUAUGAGAGACAAAAGAGGAGAUAGGAGUAGAGAGAAAAGACAAGAGAGAAGAGAAGAUUACAAGGAAGAAGACGACGCUUUUAUAUUAACUAUCGGGAAAGUGAACUUAAAUCCACAUCCAGAUAAUCCAAUUUGUCGGCGUGCGGUGAACACUGGACUGGACAGCGGCUGGGUCCCGGCUGCCGGCGGGUACGAGGGGCGUCAGUACGAGAUCCUCAUUAACCAAGUGGCGAUCCAGUCCGUUCAGUUCAAACAGCUCAUCGCAUCCGAGGAAAGUAGCGAAUACUCCAAAGGGACGACAAGCGAAAAUCCUGCCUUAAAAUGGUCCCGACGCGUCAUAAAGCCGACCAUCACUCCUAUUCUCCACACUGUGGACCUAUGCUGCGUGUUAGCCCCAGCUCUAUACACAGGCAACAGCCUAACGUGUGGCCCGGCUGUGGAGUUAAAUCUAGUAUCAGACUGCGCCAUAGAACUGAGUUUGGCUCAUCUACUCCUCAUCAAGCAUAUGCAUGCUGAGUUUGUGGCGGUUUCGGCGCGAGAAAGCCUUCGAGAAGUAAAUUUACAAUCGGUCGACAGUCAAGACGUGUGUCCGUAUGCCUCUGUACUUGCGAAGCACCUCGAUGAUUACGUCUCGCCCAGCGAAGCAACUCUCAUAGAAGUGGAAGAAACCCAUCAGCACUUCACACAGAGUACGGACUCUGGUAUCGAGACCGGCACGUCUUCCUCAUCCAAAGUAAAAGUAUCGGAGAGCGUGUCUGGCAAGAAGAGUUUCGGCGUAGUUUUUGCGGAACAAACAGUGAAUCCCUCGGAAUUCCUGGAGGUGUACGUAACGAUGGGAAUGAUCGAGCUGUCCCUGUACGUGGCGGACGACGACACGCCGGAGAUCAUUCCGCUGCGGAUGCCGCACGUAGAACCCGCCGAGGAUAUAAUCGAAGCCCCGCAACAAAGAGGACCGGUGAAAGAAGAACGUCCAGAGGAAGAUAAGAUCGCACAUAACGUGAAGGCGGAGACAGACUCGCUGUCGGCAGGCGGCAGCCGCAGUCUCACUGAGCUGGUGCGCGAAGCGGACCUGGCUCAUACGCUCCUGGAGAUUCCUACAUUGACUCAACAAGCGAGAAAAUGCGAGGGCAACGUGCCACUGAUCCACGUCACCUUACAACAGCCGAAUCUUUACUUCUGGAGGAAAAAGACACAAAGAAGCUUACAAUAUUCUCUGUUCGACGCAUGGGUGGGCCUGGGUAUGGGCCGGAUGGAGGGUCAUUGGAAAGCGGCACUGUUGUCCACUGCUACAGGCGUGCCUGAUCCCGUCAGCGACAUAUUGCCAGCACUCGCUUCCCUGAAGAUCGUAGCACCUAUUACAUACAGUACCCACGCGUCGUCCAACCCGUCGAUAGCAGGCGCUCGGGGGACCAUCCGACUGGACAUCGAGAGACCCGUCCAGCUCGAAGUGUGCUCAGACCGUCUGAAGAGACUUAAGGGUAUAAUUAGACUUGUAAGAAGACAACUGGGACAUCACAAACACGGCGAACAUGUAGGGCAUCAUCAUCACCGGCCUCCCUUGUACAAGUUACGAACGGCAUUCUUACACCAAGGCAUCGAGAGCAUAACGAUCAACACCAGUCAGAUAGGUGUAUGCGGUUCAGAAGGCACUGUCGGGUGGGACAGUGCGUCGCUGCAGGUGUCGGCGACGGCCCGGCCCGCCAAGGUGAACGCGCGGUCGCUGAUCACCGCGCUGCUGGUCGCGUGCGGCCCGCCCGGGGACAGGAGGCACGUCGUUAUGCAGCCGCUGAUGCUCGGCAUGGAAAUGGAAGCGUCGUGGGAAGCUUGGCGGCGAGUUGAAGGCGGCGUGUCGGCGCACGAGCCGUCCAUCGACAUCGGCGUAGAGUUCGACCGCGUCAUCUUCGACCUGCGCCCCGCCGACAUCAUAGCCGCCGACCGGAUCAAGAAAGUCAUCCAUGACGUGUUCGAGACGCAGCCACCGCCGGUUGUAGAAACCAGCUCGGAGAAAAUCCAACAAGUCCACCAUCCCAAACCAAGCCCUACGAAGAACAUACCGAAGCCUCGAUCCGAAUCGCGGCUGUCUACGAUGUCCAUAGAACGCGACCCCGACGAUCACUUCUACAAAGACGAUCUCAGGAGCGGCGCUUUCAAGAUCUUGAGUGGGGGCCAGCUGCCGAUGGCGUAUCAGGUGAUGUUGCACGGCGCCACGGUGUCGUGGCGGUACCCGCAUCCGAGAGCCAUCACACGGGUGGUCGCCUUCCCGCUGCUUGGACAGGAACAAGAAAUAGACUGCGUGUUGGAGUUAUACGUCAUGUUGCUCGGGAAGUGGGAACCUCAUACCUACUUUAAGAUACCUAUCAGUGAACCCAGGGAACUGAAUCUAUAUAUUCCUCCACCAGACUCAAUUUUCGCGACCAUGUGGCGCUUCCGUGCAGUGUCUGACAGGGAGCCGGUAAAAUUGCCAUAUGAGUUUAAUAUCAACAAGUUCGCUCCUGGCUCGGAUCCCUUAUUUAUCGAUCACGAGCCAGAGCGCGAGAAGUCUCUCCCAGUGAAGAAAGUAACGGCGGAACAUCUGGCGGGCGUGUUGCGCGUCGACUCAUACUUCGCCCCGCGCCUGCUCCCGCGCACCAAGAUCAUAGCCCGACUUGCGCAACUGCAGAUUCACGUGCACAAUACAUUGCCGCACUUGCCAAAUCAAACAAACUACUUGGAGGGUUACUACGUGUCGAAGCCGCUCAUGCGGAGUCACCGCGUGCUGAGCCUGAUGGCUGUGAACACUAUAGCGCACGUCCACACCAGCUCGCCAGCCGGCUUCAUGAUGCUCACCGACACCAUGCUAUCCUGUGACAUAGUAGACUGCGCUACCGGCACAAUGGAACAGCUGGUCGGCCAGUUCCGUCUGCAGGGCGGCGUGUCGUCGAACCACCUGACGCAGGGCGGCCCGCGAACACGAGUCACUACGUCAGGCAUACACGUGUCGCUGCACGUGCCGCGGCUCAGGACGCUGCAGGGCUUGGCUUCAGACUGGCUCAAAGCGCGGGAAGAGUAUCUCAACGAAUUAACACCGCACGAUACGGACCAGCCGCCCCCACCAAAGAAGACGAAGCGUGUAGUAGCGGCGGAGACGGCGCUGUCUUUAGAAGGCCGAGUGUCGUUGUGGUUACACAACAGCUGUGCGUCUGCUUUGAGGAUAGGCCAAGAGGGGACCGACGAGGUUGUACCUCUUGGUCCAGGAGCCAGGCUUGCGUAUAGAUGGCGCAAUCCGACGGCACCAAGGAGGCUACGUGUUGCCCUCGCUGGACCGACCGCAGAUUGGCACUGGUCUACGAGCAUUCCAUUUGUAGCGGGUUUCGCUCGCCUGCGACUGGAGCGUCCCGAAGCGGACAGCAAGAGCUUCCCCAACCAGGGCCUGUUUGUGCACGUCAAGAUCGAGGAGACCGGCGCGCGCCGCUCCAUGCACCUGUCCGGCAGGCUCGUACUGGCUAACAUGCUGCGGUUCAACUUGCUCUACAAGGUGCGUGCUCACUGCAGUGACGCAGCGCAAUGGCGCACCGUGUGUUCCGGCGAGUUGUCGUCAGAGACAGUCGGCAGAAGCGUCAUCUGUGGGGCAGAAUGCGACAUGGUUCUCAAAAUAAAAUUUGGGACUCAUGACACGGGAUGGUCCGGAGAUAUCCCGCUAAAAGAAUGCCCGAAAGAGAAUGUUCCUUGGUUGGUCAAAGUGCCGAGUGAAGGUGACGUGCAGUACGUGUCGGUGUGGUGUCGCGUAGUGCGCGCGCGCUCCGACGGACGCAUCUUAGCUACUAUGUGGCCUCUAUACGUGCUGCAUUCACAUCUACCUCUGGAUACUGAUGUACUGAUAGUAACUGAACCGACGAUGACGACGGCAGAAGAUCUGACGCCCAUGCAACUGCGCCCGCCGCCCCUCCUGCAGACGACGCCGGGUCGCGGGACUACUACACAUCUACUGGCACCGGGAACCACGGCCGCAAGGCAUAGCCUGUCCUUCCAGUAUAGAAACAUCGAGUGCCCUGUGACCCGAGAAGCUGUGCCCUUGCACUACGGCGUGACGGACAUCUCAGUGUUUGAUAAACGAUCGCCGAUAUCCAACAUCGAUGACGUCAUCAAGGAAAUAUUGCGAUGGCUGGAGAGAUCCGGGCGUAUCGCGACCUCUGCGUGGCCUUACUCAAUAGUAUCCAAACAUAUUAAGGGCACUUGGGUACCGGUGCUGAUGCAACCAAGAUGUGAUGUCACCGUCCGCUACCAGGCAGUCCGCGCGGGCGGCGGCUGCUGCCUGGAGAUCCAGCUGUGUCCGGUGGUGUUGUUGUGUAACGCGGCGCCCAUCGCUCUCACGCUGCGCGCUCAGGACGCCGCGCCGCUCUGCAAGCUCGAGCCCGGCACUGCCAUCUCCCCGCCUUCAGCUAUACUCAAGAAACCGUUCUUCAUGUCGGUGGAGAUGGGUCGCGAGACAUUCGUCAGCUGUCAGCUGCAGGUGUCGGCGGAGGAGCCGGGCCGCUACGGCGCGCCGCCGCCCGGACACGUGGCUCUCGACCACGCCGCCGUCUUCUCUAUACUGUGCAACCAGAAGGUGGCGCUAUUGACGAUGUACUACGAGAUAAAGGAGGAUAUCAACGUUAUUGGCUUAACAUCUACUUACGUACUCAUCAACCGGCUCAAUAUUGAUAUAUUGGUUUCAGCCAUUGCAGUCCCUAUUGAAGUAGAAGAAGAAUACUCAUUGCAUCCUAAAACCUUCAAAGUUGUUCCGCCAACAAAAGGCGGCGGUAUCCACGGCACCCCGCUGUGCCGGUUCUGGCUGCGCGGCCGCUGGCGCGGCGGUGACCUGACCGAGCUGAGCACGUACCUGUGCCUGUCGCUGCCGGCCGGCGCCGGGUACCCGUCACGCCCGCCAGUGCCCGUCCGCCUGGGCGAGCUGCCCGUCAGGCGGUCUAUAGCGCUCAUCGAUGCUAAUAGGAGAUCGGUCCCCAUCGUCGUGACUCAGAUAAAGCACGAGAGUCGUUGGCUGGUGGUGGUCGCGCCUGACCCAUGCCCGCAGUUCGUGAUACACAACCACACGCGCAUGACGCUCGCCGUCGCGCAGCCCAUGAAUAAUAACGAUGAGUCUUCUUCAUCACAUAUGGAGCCGGCUAUCGAGUGCAAGGGCGCUCGCUGGUGGUGUGUGGUCCUCCCCGACAUGGCGAUCCACUACUCGACGCCGGCGUACUGCGCGCGCUACCCGCCGCCGCCGCCGCCCAUGAGCGCCGCGCCCAUCUCCGUGCCAUUCUUGACCUUUACUAAGGGGAAAGAUGAAUCAGAUUUCGACUGGUGCACUCCAGUAGCGGCAGCUGAUGGCGAGCAGUUAAUUCAGUUGUUCGGUGGCCUCACCAUCAAGCUGCGCGUGCGCACACAUCCCCAUUCAACGCUGAUUGAACUUCAGGAUGUUGACCAAAAUGACAUAUCAGCAAGCGACAUCAGGCGGCGAUUAUUCGGCGCAAUGACAUCUCACGAUACUGUCCAGGAACAUGCGCUUAAACUAAGUACGCAUGAAGCUAAUUUGCAGAGGAUUAAUGCUGAAUUUAAAUUGCAAGCAGUAGCAGACCAUGAGCAGAAAUCUAACGACAGCCUGAAGAGAAGGGAGUCGUUCCCCAAGAAGCAGCACUCCCCCUCCUUCCAGCUGGACUUGAAGGACGAGAGUUCACAGCCCCCCAGCGCGCACCCCACUACGGGCGAGGCCACGGAAGCGAGUCCCGUAGUCAUGCACUGUCAAACCAAGACCAAAUUUGGUGAACACCCUGAACCUAGCACCAUAGUAUUUCACGCCAGUGAAACGAACAUAUCGCGCUGCUCGCUGCCGAAGAUUGAAACAGAUCCAGACUUCAUGGAAAUGUCGUCUCCGCUGCUAGAGUGUGAACGCGUACGUCUCGUGAUAUCCGGUAUAGCCAUAGAAAUGGCUGCCUCGCCCGACGUGCUGCCGCUGUUCGCCUUGCACUUGGACCGCACCGCGUUACUCGUGAUGGCUGAUAGCAAGAAAACUCAAACAGUAUUAUCGAUAGCCGACGCUCAGAUCGAUAACUUGCAAUACGAGAACGGUCAGUACGACUUCGCGGUGAUAGCGAGCACUCGCGCCGAGCCGCUGGAGGCCGACCGGUGGCCGCCGCUGUGGAACAUGUUCGCCGAGGAGGAAGCCUUCGCCACGCGCCAGAGCUCCGCCAGGCUGCUGCUCAAACUCAAGCACGACAAGUGGACUGUCGUCUCUUAUGAAUAUAACGAGCUAACCGAGGUCGAAGUCCGGUUGGGCACGCUGGCUCUAUACGUGGAAGACGCGUACGUGAAGGCGUUAGUCGAGCUGUCCCGGCUGGUCAUGCCCGCAGGCAGCCACGACGCGGCCACCGUCAGCGAGGAGCGCUCCAUACAGACUCCGCUGCGGCUGCGGCUGCUGCACGUCCAUCCCUUAGACCUCACGCUCACGCUGCAUACUGCUGUACGAAUGUAUAUUGCAUUAGACCAAAGCCCGUUGCGAUUGAGUGCGUUCAAGCUGCACGACAUGAUGACGUCAGCAGAGCGCCUUACGCACGCGCUGACUGUGCAUUAUCUAUCUGCUGCGAUAUUAGGAGCAGGUUGGGUAGUGGGUGGUCUGGAGCUGCUGGGUGCGCCGGGAGCUCUGGCAGCGCGUCUAGGGGGCGCCACUGGCGGCGUGCGAGGCGUGGCCUCUGCAGCAGCGGCGGCACUACUACGCUCUCUCAGCGCGUGGGCCGGCUCUCUGGCGCGCAACCUGGACCUGCUGGCUGGUGACGAGGAGCACGCCCGCCGAGCCGCCGCCGCCCGCAGGAGACCACCGCCUAGCUUCGUUGCCGGACUCGUCGCUGGCAUCACUAACUUCGCUAUUAACAUUCUCGGUGCAGUCGGUGGUUUAGCCCACCAUCCACUAGUAGGUGUAGCAGUAGGCGAGACUGAAAGUGGAGCGGCGGCGUUGCGUCGUGGUCUUCUGGGAGCGUUAACAAAGCCUCUCAGUGCUACAGCUGAUUUAGUGGCCUACGCGGGUACCGGCCUGCUUAGACAGACCGGUUGGGAUCCUGUACCUGAGCCCCGUCGUCCAUGGCCGGCGUUGGAGUCACGCACGCGGGCUGGCUGGCGGCGCGACUGCGUGCGCUGGAUGUUCCGCAUGUGCGAACUCACCGCACUCGCCGGCUUCGAAGUGCUGCUCGAUAACGCUCCGUUACAGCUGCUGUUCACGCAUAAGUUCUUGGUGGUGGCUGAUCCGGAGAGUGAACGCAUAGUAGAGAUGAUAGAUUUCCGAUCCUGUUCACUUGGACCAUAUCAAGGGGAUAUUAUUGAGCUGUCCGUAACACAGAAAAGAUCAAAGGCUCCAGAGUCUCGGGGACCCGAUGAAGAUGAUGAAUAUCAGAUAAGUGCAGCGGCGAUGGCCCGUGUGGCUCGCUACACGGGCGCGGAGGGCUCGCAGCACAGCGAGAUGCGCGUGCUGUCGCUGCUGCCGAUGCCGGGACGCUCGCACUCGCUGCACGCCGCGCUCGCCGCCGCCCUGCAUCACAACGCCGACACGCACUUCCCCUUGCUGUGACCGACGCACUCCACAACUAUACUAUCGUCAACUAGCCAGUCCAACACCAGACUGGGUCUAUAACAAGUUAUGCGUAACACCCAACUGGCGUGUCAAAGAGGACGCAUGUAAGUAUAGCGAUAUAACAGCGUUCGUCGAUGUAAAUGUUUGCUGCUGUGACGUCAUCACUACAGAAUCUGUACGUAAGCAUAUCGGUGUAGUAAACUACAUAGUUGCAUUAAUAUUAAUGUUACAAGAAAUGUAAGUGUACAUAUCGAUGUUUGUAGAAAAACUCCAAACUAGUGACGUCAUUAAACUAUCAGGCAAUGUAUAUACCUGCAAACUUUGUACCAACCUACAUCGAAGCAUGACUUGUGUGUUCAUAUAAUGUUAAAUGUAUUGAUGCAGCGCCGGCCGUUGCAUAUGACAACAGCUAUCUGAAUGAGAAAGCGCCGUGUCUAAGACUAAAAGAAAUAAAUCAAGAGGUAAGGCCAGCGCUGUGUUGAUGUUACUACAAGUAGCUAUAGAGGAUAUGUGUUAGAUAUGUAUCUAUUAAAUAAGGUAGCUAGACAGAAUUUUUUUAUUAGUGAGUGACUCAAAAGCCUCUACAGAAAACAUUACUGUUUUCAUAUGAAGCUGCAUUCUUCAUAUAACAGAUAAAUUUGUCGUAUAAAUGUUUCUACACAAAAUAUAACAACAUUCCUAUUUACAAAUCAUAGUUAUAUAUUUAACACCUCGUUUCUAUUAAUUGUAUAUUAUUACUGUUUUUUAUAUACAACGAAAUGUAAUUGUUACCUACGAAACGAUUUUCUCCAAGACUGAGAAUGUGUAAGAUGUUCUAUUUAUAUAUACUUAUGUAUUAUUGAAUAAUUAUUAAAAAGUUCUUGUCUUAACACGUAAACUUUGGUCACGUAAUACAGUCAGCAACGUUAGUUUGUAUGUAAUAUUCUGUUUUGUAAUCACAUCCCUAAAUUAUUAUAAACCGUUUUUUUCUUUCGGUGUUUGUUUUGUCUGAUUGUACUUUGAAUAUGGAAUGAUUCCCAACACGCGCAAUCGAACGUGUCAA